AUGCUCUCCAAAGUCGCCGCCAUCGCGUUGAUGCUUUCAGCUGCAACUGCAUCUCCCACUUUCCGCGCGCGCCAGGACGAUAAAUGUGUAGUUGCCUACAACGCGUGUGUUGCCGCAGGCACUGCUGAAGUCAUUUGCUCAUGCGAUCGGACUGCUUGCUACGGUGAAGAUGCCGCCCGCAUUCGCGAAUGGUGCUCCUCCCAAAUCGCCGCCCUUCCCAAGUCGACCUCAGCUGCUACCCCAGUCGCUUCAAGCAUUCCUGGUGGCUGCAACCCAGCUCACCCAGGUUCAUGCCCGUCAUCGUACUUUGACACCACCACCGCUUCUCCUGCUGCAACAUUUACAUCCAUCUCCGGCAUCCCUGGUGGCUGUAACCCGGCUCAUCCAGGCUCAUGCCCCUCCUCAUACUUCGAUACCACUACUGCUGCCCCCGCCGCUACUUUCACAUCCAUCUCUGGUAUCCCCGGUGGCUGCAACCCAGCUCAUCCAGGCUCAUGCCCUUCUUCCUACUUUGACACAACGACCAAGUCACCCGCCGCGACCUUCACAUCCAUCCCCGGCAUUCCCGGAGGUUGCAACCCUGCCCACCCUGGAUCGUGCCCUACACCAUCCGCCGUUGCCUCACCUGUUGCAACAGCAGCGCCAGGCUCCAACCCCAAGCCCGUUGAGGGCAAGACCUGGACCAUUUCGGACCUAACCCGCUACUGCAUUGAGGGCAACUCUGGCUGUGACUACAACUUUGCUGUUACCACAGAUGGCAAGACUGAGCGCUGCACCGUUAUUCGCAUGCCAGGUUCCGACGCCGCGUCCGAAAGCUGGGCCAACCAGCCAUGCACUACUGGAUCUGACUUGACCAUUUCUUGGGGAUACGUUGCGCAGCCCGCACCCGCUUUCGCCGUCAUCACAGUCAACAAGGGUGAUGAGCUUGCUUGGUUCGGUGUUUCGGAUAUCAAUGGUGGGAAGGUUUCUCCCAGCAGCCCUUUCGGAUCGGGUGACUUUGGCACUCUUCCUGCCUCGCCUGUUUACACUUACAACUAG